UUUCUAGAUCGUAUUGGUUUUGAUUUCCUAUAAAUACAAAUGAGUCCUCAGACUUCUUCCGGGAAAAAUUGUGAAAAUUAACUAGUGAUAAUUUAAAUAAAUUACAAAAUGCGGAAGAACAGGGUGCUAGCUGAUAUAUUCUAGGGAUGAAGAACAAAAAGAAAAAGUGUUUACUUUUAUUUUUGCUACAAAUUUGGCGUCUUCAUGCCAGAUGUCCGAGCGACCCAAAAUUGGUGUGUUGUCCAGAUAAGAUUUGGGACACCGGAAGAGGAAAAUGCAUCAGUUGUGUUAUCGGGUAUUCUGGAAUCAACUGCACCAUACCGUGUCGUUAUCCAAGUUAUGGAAAGGACUGUCAGUCACAGUGCUCUUGUAGGAAAACGGAAUUUUGUAGUCCCUCAUACGGCUGUAUGCCAAUAUCAACAGAAGUGCCCACAACAGAGAAAAGUCUAGCAACAACUCAAAAAGAAUUAGAAAAGAUUUCAACAGCAACCACCGUAUUUCCCACCACGAGUACGAAAUCUAGCCCGGAAGUGGUAACAACGUCUGCUCUCAUCCCCGGAAGAAUUAGAAGCACGCGCGUGCAAGAAAUCAGAGUAAAACCCCAGAGUGGCUUGACUAAAACUCUGUUAGACGAUCCCAUCUUGGCGAAUAGCCCCCUCUUGUUAGGGAUUUUUAUAUUCUGUGGAUUGUUCUUACUCCUCUUUGCCGUGUUGGUAAUUACACAGAUCCGAUAUAAAUGCUUAAAAAAUAAUGGUAAUCCGGGGCACAACCAGGAUAUUUAUCCAAAAGGGAACCCACAGCUUAAAUCAUACGACGUUAUCCACGGCAAAGAAUCAAAAGAUUUGAAAAUUGGAUCAAGAGCUGAAACACCGCCAGAACAAAGGGAUCCACCGUACGCAGACAUUGAAAAUUACAUUGAAAAUGAACAAAAGAUGCCCGACAGUGAAGGCCCAAAACCGUGUCAGUCAAAUGGCAAUGUCCUUUCACAGAAAGACGGACCAACACUGGAGAAAACUAUACCAAAGUACAUCGAAAUUGUAGGCUCCCCUGAACGCGAGUCAACGAGAAAAGGAUUAACGAACGAUUUGGCGGUCGUCAGCAAUACCUACACAACUGACUGCACAAAUCCCAAACAAUUGUAUUUGUCUGUGGUUUAAAUUUAUCUAGUAUGUUUUCAGUACUCGUAUUUGCAGAUUUGCCUUUUAUUCAUACACUGAAUCGUCUACGGUUGUUUUCGUUUGCGCGGUCAUGACAAGGAGCACAUGGCGGUGGUGACCGGUCGGCAGGGAAUGCUUACUCAUCCAUGGCAGCUGAUCCCACCUCUGAUUUUUUUAAAGGUUCAUGUUUAUAUUGCUCCUGAUGUGAAUCAUUUCAGUGGACUAUCAAGCUGUUAUUUCUGUUUCUCAUCUCCAUAUUUUCCCUAUAUUCAACUUUAACUCAAUCAUGAUAUAGACAUUUCAAUAAAUAUAUAGUUUGAUUUGUGAUAUCUUGAAUUUCCAAUUAAAUUUCUGGCAAAGAAGACUGAAUUUAUUAUUUUACUAGGGGUAGUUUUAAAACAAAACGAAUGGAAUACUAGUAUAUCAUUGAAAAUUUUCAGUUAUAUUAGAUCAUAUGGCCAUUCUUUAGCUGAACUGGGCCUCUUGCAUUUCCCAGUCCUAAAUCUACUCUUUGUUGUGUAUAAUUAAUCGGGAUAUAUAAGAACAAGGAAAUAAUGAAUUUGAGGCAUCAAUAUGAUGGAAAGUAUUGACAUCUCAAUAAGUCCAUAUACAGCCUAAACUCUUCUGUACAAAACCUUAAUCUCCAUUAUCAUGUACUCACUGGUAAAUAAACCAAUUUCAAACUGUGUGUUACGAGUGGCAUCACAGUAUCCCUUCUCUACAACCAGUCUAAAAAUCCAUACUGU